GUAGAACGUUGCGAUGGUGGAUGGACACGAUGCGAGAACGUGAGAGGCAGUAAAUAUGGUGGUCACAUCCGUCGAUGCAUUCAUCCUUCCAGCCAUUGUGUCCACGCGUCGAUCGGUCUGACCCACUCACCAACAAAUCAAACCAGACCCUAGAAUUGCCACCGUCUGAAGCCGCUCUACUGACACAUGGUGGAUGGAUGGAUAGAUGCCGUCAGUCACUUGUGCCCCUGAUGCACACGGGCCCUCUUCUAAGGAGUCAAGUGGACGACAACACACAUGCCAAGAGAGGGAGGGAUGUGGAUAGGUCGUGUGAGAGUGUGUGUGAGUGUGUGUGUGUGUGAUGGUUCACCCUUACCGUCGGUGGGACGGUACGCGAGCGACCUCUAUCUGAGAAGACCACACACGAGAGCACCACCGUCAAGGUGACACACGUACUCACUGGCAUCUGUCUGGCUGUAUACUGUACCUGCACUGUGCGCCGCGGGAAGGCGCUCGUCCGCGUCAAUCAUGGCCCACUGCUGCUGCCGGUGAGAUUGCCUGCAUGAGCCAACAUGCACCAAACCACACACCAUCCACGCCUUGCUCGACACACGAUGCCAAAUAUGUCUUUCGCCUCACAGGUAGGCAGCAUAGGUCCGCUUCGGAGGCUCCUCAACCUUGACAGACAGACACAUCACACGCAGAUAGAUAAGCACGUCAUACGCCUUCCUACUCUUUGCUCAAUCAGCUACCUCUGUGGCCGUGAGGAAUCGCCGUGGUGGCAGUGGUGGGGCAAAGUCAGGGAAGGAGCACUUCCUGACCUCCUCCAGCCGCUUCCUGUGGUCCUCCCGCGCCGACCUCCCCGGUGGCGGGAAGCCCGUGCGGUUCAUGAUGUCGGUCUCGAUGUCGUCCUGCUGCUGCUCGAGGGCCGCCGUGGCCUCAGCUGGGUGGAAGUCGGGUGCGUAUGACGGGGGGAUAAGGGUGGGGCCCGGCCGCUCCAGCAGGGACGGCACCUCUGCACACACACACACACACACACAGGAAGGCGUGUGUCAGCUGCCAGGUGUUCUAUCGUUGUUUGUUGUUCCCUCACUGAUCACCGUGUGGGAAGGCGAUGGAGUCGUCGACUUUGGCAGGGUCGAAGUCGGCGUCCUUCCACUUGGCCUCCACCCGCAGCGCAUCGACGGCAUCCAGCAUGUUGGCAUCCGUGCGGCCAUUCAACUCGCACAGGCCCUCCGCAACCCUCCCCAACCGCUCCAGAUCUGCAGCCACCCAGCCGAUCGCACACAACAUCCUGGCGACUGAUGAAUACCUCGGUCAUUUGCUGCUCACAUUUUGCCGUGUGGUCAGCGAGUAUGUGUAUGACGUCCUCCUCGGCAUCGGUGAAUCCCUGGUGCCGAAGGGCGUGACACACCACACGCUCAAACUGACACAGCAGACAGACAGACAACACAUGCAGGGCACACACGCAGGCAGCCACGUGAUGGUACACCCUGCCCUCCUGUGUGCCUGCCUCAGUUAGUGCUCACCAGUUCUCGUGCAUAGGCUUCUGUCAUCUUGUGCGGGUUCGUCGGCACAGAUCUGUGCUUUGCGGAGUGUGGCUGAUCCCUCCCAAUGUGGUGAACAAUCCUGAUCCUUUCGCUCCCUUCUGCUCCCUUCUCG